AUGACCCAACUAACGAGGCAGGGCAUAAAGUUUCAAUGGACUGAGAGGUGUGAGAAGAGUUUUCAGGAACUGAAACAGAAAUUGGUUGCAUCUCCAAUUUUAGCUAUACCAGAGGGUUCAGAUGGAUUCGUUAUAUAUAGUGAUGCAUCCAAACAAGAUGACAAUGCUUUGAUGUUCGAAGGAAGGUUAUGUGUACCGAAAGAUGAAGGGAUAAGAAAUGAGAUAUUAGAGAAAGCUGACUAUGCCCUGUAUGCUGCACAUCCUGGGGUACUAAAAUGUAUCGAGACAUUCGCGAUAUAUUUUGGUGGAUGA